AUGCCAGAAGGGCCGUCUCUGAGGAAGUUCCACCAGUUGAUUGCUCCAUUUGUGGGCCAACUGGUGGUCACUGUAGGGGGCAAUAGUAAGAAGAUAAACCCUAACAUGCUAGAGAUGCUUCGGCUCCAGGACUCACAGGUCCAUGGAAAGAAUUUAUAUCUUAACUUUGGCCUGGCUGAAGACCUGGGACUUCCUGAAAGUUUCCUCUUGCCAAAGCAUCUCCAAAAGGAAGUGAGACUUCCAAAAGAGAAGAGUGACCAUAAACAUGAAUCUACCUCAAGGCUAGAUGGACAAGAAGUUCCUGGCUCAUCUUUAGCUAUUAAAGCACUUGAGCUUGGGGAAGAAGAAAGGGAAACUGUUAUGCCUUGGUGGCUAAAUACUUCCCAAAAUUCAGGGCUUUGGCUUUGCUUCCAUUUUGGUUUAUUUGGUAGUGUUCGGGCAAGCGAAUUCUCCAGAGCCACAAAAGCUAACAAGAGGGGUGACUGGAAGGACCCCAUUCCCAGGUUGGUUCUGCACUUUGCAAAGGGUUUUCUGGCAUUUUACAAUUGUCGGAUGUACUGGUGCUUGGGACCAAUGGUCAAACCAACUUCAGAUAUCCUCUCUGAGGAAUUUGAUCGAAGGCAAGCCUUGGAAGCGUUGAAGCAGGCUAGUCCUGUCUCCUAUACUCUUCUGGAUCAAAGAUACUUCGCUGGCCUGGGAAACAUCAUUAAGAACGAAGUUUUGUACUUGGCCAGAAUCCAUCCCCUUUCCUUAGGUUCUUGCUUAACUCCUUUGAACCUUGAGUCCUUGCUGGAUCAUGUUGUGAGUUUCAGUAUUGGUUGGCUUCAGAAAAAAUUGGAAGGGAAGCCACAGCACUAUCUGAUCUACCAGAAAGAGCAAUGCCCCGCUGGACAUCAAGUCAUGAAGGAUAGCUUUGGGCCUCCAGGUAGUUUUCAGAGACUCACCUGGUGGUGCCCCCAUUGCCAACCCAAGGCUGAAGAAAAAGUUGAGGUGACUCAGGAACAGCUUCCUUAA